CUUAUCAUGUUGUAUGCAACACUCAAAUUGAAGUCAUAACUCAACUUUGAGUGGAAAUGGAUGCAGCAAUUAGGCCUCAUGUGGUUUGUGUUCCUAUUCCAGCACAAGGCCACAUAAACCCAAUGCUAAAGCUAGCAAAACUCCUUCACCUCAGUGGCUUCUAUGUCACCUUUGUCCACACACAAUUCAACUUUGACCGCUUGCUCAAAUCAAGAGGCCUAACCUCUCUAAAGGGUCUCCAAAAUUUCAGGUUUGACACCAUAUCUGAUGGUUUGCCUGAGGGAAACCAAAGAGGGAUACUUGACCUCCCACAACUGUGCACAACAAUUCCUGUUGAAGGUUUGUUUUCUUUCAGAAAACUCAUUGCCAGCCUUGUUUCUCCAAACCAUGAUGAUGUGCCUCCUGUUACUUGCAUAGUUUCUGAUGGUGCUAUGUGGUUCACUUUGAAAGUUGCUCAAGAGUUCCACAUCCCUCACUUUGUGUUUUUCACUCCUAGUGCCUGUGGCAUGCUGGGAUACAUUAACUUUGAAGAGAUUCAGAAAAGAGGUUACUUCCCACUGAAAGAUGAGAAGAAUCUGCUUGAUGGAUAUCUUGAUACUGAAGUUGAUUGGAUUCCAGCAAUGAAAGGAGCAAGACUAAAAGACCUUCCCACAUUUCUUAGGACUACUAAUCCUUCUGAUGUAAUGUUCAAUUACAACAUAGUAAAAGUGAACACUGCUAUGCAUGCCAAAGGGGUUAUCCUGAACACCUUUGAAGACUUGGAAUCAGAGGUUUUGGAUGCCAUCAGAGCCAAAUACUCCAAUGUCUACUCCAUUGGUCCAUUAUCAAUGCUAUACAAACAGCUCUCUUCAAAUACUCAAUUGGAGUCAAUUGAUCUGAAUCUGUGGAAGGAAGACAGCAAAUGCUUAGAAUGGUUGGAUAACAGAGAGAAAGGUUCUGUUGUGUAUGUGAACUUUGGUAGCUUAGUGAUUAUGACACCAAAGCAACUAAGUGAAUUUGCUUGGGGUUUGGUUAAUAGCAAGUACCAUUUCUUGUGGGUCAUAAGGCCUAAUCUUGUGCAUGAUAAUAAUAAUAAUGGUGAUGGAAAAUUAAGUGAUGAAUAUGUGAAUGUGAUUGAAAGAUGUGAGAGGGGAUUGGUAUUGGGGUGGUGCCAACAAGAGAAAGUUCUGCGUCAUGCAUCAAUUGGCGGAUUUCUAACACAUUGUGGGUGGAACUCAACAUUGGAGAGCAUAUGUGAGGGAGUUCCAAUGGCAUGUUGGCCUUUCUUUGCAGAACAACAAACAAAUAGCUUCUAUGCAUGCAAGAAAUGGGGGAUUGGGAUGGAGAUUGAGUGUGAUGUUAAGAGAGAGCAGGUUGAGGGGCUUGUGAGGGAACUCAUGGAGGGGCAAAAAGGGAAAGAAAUGAGGGACAAGGCCAUGGAGUGGAAGCACAAGGCUGAAGCAGCCACAUCAAUUGGUGGUUCCUCUUACAAUAACUACAACAGCUUGCUUUUGCAAUUGAAAGGCCAAUAAGUCAUUUUGUGUGAAAAAGGGCCAAGAUCAAGUUUCUUAGUUGUAGUUGUUUAAGUUUUCCUUCUUGAUGUUGUUGCUGUUAUAUGGUUCAGUAAUUCACUCAAAAUUAGGGCUGCUAUUUUAU